UUAGUAAUUAAAAAAAAAAACGACUAAGUCUUUUCAUUAAGAAAAUCAUGUUUACGCAUAAAGAAUCGAAUGAAAAUAAUUUUCACACGAGCAGGGUAACUUAUACUCUUUGCACAAAACACAAUUUUAUCCCACGGAAAGAACAAAUGUCGUAAGGUUUAAUAAAGCGAGAAUUCUCAAAAAAACACUCAAAACGAACACACUGUAUAUGGUAUAAUAGAGCCGGAUGUCAUUUUGGUAAAUAAUUGAUAUCAAAUAACUGUCCGAUUUUAGUUGAAAUGCACGUUUAUAAUUCUAUGAUAACAAAUACACAUUGUACAUGCAUGUAUUGAAUGUAGUCAUCAUCAAGGUAAAUCUUCGACUUGUUUAAAACCAGGUAAAAUUACAGAAGACCUUCACAUUUUAAGGAUAUUGUUAUCUAUUUAAAGAUAUAAAUACUGGAUGGUUUAUAACAUUUUUAUUGACUCCGCAAAAGAUCUUAUCUCUAAAAAGACUGUUUUUAAAUUAACUAAACAACAAGUCACAGUUUUUGUGACAUAUUGCCAACUUAUAUAAGCGAAGACAUUAACGUGAUUCAUAGCAAUGAUAGCGUUAUAAAAAUGAAAGGAAUUGUUGUUUCGAUAUUGAUUACAAUACCAAUUCUUACUUCCGCAUUUUACACGCGUCAGUCGCCAGAUAGAAGGACUAAAACUCAUGAAUCCAUGACUGAAAUAGGAACAUUGCAGGCACUGUCAAGUUAUAUUUGGAAAAACAAAUUGAAACAGAUUGGCUCUGAAAUAUCAGCUGUAGAAGUCUUUUACGAAAAAGAUGCUACCAGUAAAAUAGAAAUGCGGAAAUCAAUAAAUGCCAUUGUACAGGCAAUUGCUGAUACACAAGUGGAAAAGCAGGAUACCGCCUACGUGCAUUGUCAUGCUGAUCAAAUAUUACUAGCUCAUCGACAUGUGAUAUCGUGUAGGGAUAAACUCAGCCAAUUGAAAAACGAUGCAGUGGAGCUGCGAAAGCAGUUGGGAGAAUGUCUUUAUACUGUGCAGUCGUUUUACAGCAACACAAACUGGGUCGAAAUGUACGGUGCAGUGCCUUAUGAAGAUUUUGGUAUUAAAGGGAAGAGACUUAUGGCAGUAGCUCUACCAGAGGAAGAUACAUGUAAAGAUGUCAAAAAUACAGAUUUAAAUUGUGAACAAAAUAUUAUAGUAAAAGACAAGUUAACCAGUGGUUACCAUCAUGGAAGGGGAAACACAAAACCUACAAGACCACCAGGUGCAACCACUGGAAAAUGUAGUCAUGGCGGGCCGUACGACGAAAGUCGUAAAAUGGUAGCAAAAUGUGGAAUAAACAAGGAAACAUUUAAAGAACAUUUAUCUCCACAUUAUUAUCUUCAUUAUCAGGCAUAUCUAUCUGCUGUAGCCGCAACUAAAGACUUUCUAAUAAUGGAAGACACUGGUAUUCUUAGUUUGCUUGGAAGUAAAACGUUCGACGAAAUAUUCCACAUCAAAACGAGAAAAGAUUUGUCACUAGCGUUUGUCAUAGACUAUUCAAGUUCCAUGGGGGAAGAAAUUGUUGCUGUUAAAGAAAGAACAAUUCAACACGUGACUGCUACAAUCGGUUCUGACAAUGAACCAGCUGAUUAUGUAUUAUCGCUGUUUAAUGAUCCAGUCACAAUGAAUGAAGCAUUUGUGUUUAGGGACGGGUAUGAAAUGAUUAAGAAAAUCGACGGUAUCAAAGUAGCUGGAGGUGGUGACUGCCCUGAAUUUGCAGCCGAUGGUAUUUUGAAAGCUAUCAAUUUAUCUCGAAGCGGUUCUACAUUAUAUGUGUUUACUGACGCUGACGCUAAAGAUGCAGAUAGACAGCAAGAGGCAGCAAAUGCUGCAAGGGCUAAAACUAUUCCCAUAACCACAGUAACGACCGGCACCUGUUCUAGGAGACGGAGAUCAAUGCACAAUAUACAUGUAAAGCGAAGGGAUACUACAUCAUUCUUUCAGCGUCUUGCUCAGGCAACAGGAGGAACGAUUUAUCAUACAAGUAAAGAAGAAAUAAACGUUGUAUUGGAUGCUAUUAUUGAGAAAACAUUUCCUGUUGCUGAAGUAAUAGUGGAUUCAUUUGAAUGGUCACUGACAUGCGAUGACAACACAAUAUUUGUUGUUGAUAGUACAGUUACAGUCCUUAAGGUUGCUGUGUGCUGUCCAGGAGAAGACAGCGGAGUAGAACUGUUUUACCCAAAUGGAACAAAAGAAACGUUUGCAAGUAGAUUAUCACGAAAACUGGUCACUAAUAGGAAAGAAGUAAUAAUAUCCCUGCAGCAUCCACCUUCAGGCAGAUAUAAUUUAGAGAGGAGUUCAUCUUAUAAAUGGUCAGUUAAUAUAACAGCACAAAGUCCAGUUAAACUAGAAACAGAGAUACUUGAAUACACUGAAAGUGGUGCCUUACCUAUCCUGAAAGGAAGUCCUAUUGCGGGAAAGAACUAUACAUUUUAUGUAAACAUUUAUAACCUUGGAGAAAAUGGGACAUGUAAUGACCUUAUCCUCACUGAUAUAUUGGGGAAUGCAUUGUUUAAUAUUCCUAUUAUUCAGACGACAACACUUAUGGCAGUAAGAUGUGCCGCCAUAUUCACUACUCCAAACCAGUUUUUUCAACUGAAAUUAAACGGAACAGACACGAACGGAUUUGAAUUUUCCAGGAAAAAUUCACUAGUUUUUAAACCUACAAAUAUGAAGCUAAGAAUAAUUCCUCCUGAUAGUGCAGUUAUUGGAAAAGAAGUGUUAGUAUAUUAUGAGGUGGAAAAUACAGGAACAAUUAAUGAAACUUCUGAAGUAGCGAUAUCAGACGACCAUUCUGCUUCAGUAUUACCAAUUAGAAGACAGCAUACAAUUUUAGCGGGAGAAACAAGUAAUGGAUCGUUUACAUUGAAGCCUACCUCAGUAUCUAAUAUCUUGAAAUAUGCCAUAACAGUGUAUCUAGGAUCCACAUCCGAAAUAACUCAAAGAAUUACAAAAACGGUUCUCGUAACUGAUAUUGAAAGACCGGAUUGUACAGUUGUAGUUUUGAAUGGAACUUGUAAUAAUUCUUCCUUGAAUACCGCACAAUGCCAUAAAUAUCACUGGUUCGUAAAUGCUGAGAUAACAUUCAAAGGAACUGAGUUGGAAAAUUUUACUUCAUCCGUUGGAUCAGCAACCGAAUUGGUUUAUGAUGAUAUUUCUGGUCUGAGGCAUGGUCCUGUGAAUAUCAGUAUCAAAGGGAGUUGCUGUACACCUUCAGUUAUUCUUGCUGCUGUGGACACUGAUGGUUAUAUAGCGCAGUGUAAAAUAGAAUUUUCAGGAGGACAGAUUGUAACACCAAUGAAAUUUUAUGACAUCGAUGAUACCCAAGUGAACACAGACAAAUCGGAUGGUAGUCAUACAGAAAUUGUCAUACCGAUAGUAGUGAGUGCCAUCAUUGUUGUUGUUGUUUUGUCGAUUCUAGGUUUCAUUGCUUACAGAAAAUAUAAACAGGCAUCAUAUAAUGUAAGUUAUAAUGUAAACCAAAACAUUGGAGGAGGAAUAGACAAAAAUCAACCAACAAGUAGUGUAGAAUACCAUCCAGUCAAAUUAACAGAGGUUAGUGACGAGAAGGAAAACCUUUGAAACAAAUUGCAAAACUAUUAUCUAAGUGUUUUCUUCUUGAAAAGUUCAAAAUAUCAGACUCUAUUAUUACUUUGUAUUUCUUUUGCAACAAUCAUAUUUUUGUUUUGUAUGUAGAUGUAUGGAUCUGCGGUGACUGUGUGCAUAUUGACUUUUCAUCAUAUGUGUAUAAUUUCUGAAUAAAUAGUCAUGAACGUU